UUCUCUUUCAUUUCAAAAUCUACUACUGGUUUUAUAUGUUACCGGCUACAUAAUUUCCGAUUCGCAGCAUCAUCUAUGGUGCUGAUGUAACACAGUCGCUCCGCGAGAGCCUCUCUUAACUGCUUCUGCAAUUAUGUUGACGCAACAGCCAGAGACAGAUUCGCUUUCUCUCAUCCUUCUAGCGCUCAUCGCAUCCUUCAACAACCGUUAAUGUAAUAUCCGUCAUUAGAUAGCAGUUCACGUGGGCAUCUAUAUAAUUAAUUAUACAAGGAUCAUACUAGGUGAUCCUUGUUCCAUUUCUACGACGAUAUGUAUAAACGUGCGGUAUGUAUAAACGUUGAAGAGGAAAAGUAGACGGGUGCGCUUGGUGGAAAUGGUAAUCUGUAUGGCACGGUUGAUCAAAGUAGGAUCAACCGGUCGGUCGUCGAUAACAAGGGUCCGCCAAAGAAAGAAUGCAAAGCGAAUAUGGUCAGGAUACAAGGUAGUACAUAAGCCGGAUGGGUUCGUCUCGUGUUCCAAGUACUACAAGAGCGAUGUUCACGUGUUCCGACUGUCAAUUCGGAAAGUUGCGCGCGACGAGCAUCCUCGUUCACCUUCGCCCACCUUCGGCCAUCAGCUUUUUUCCUCCCCCCCCCUUCCUUCCUCGCCUUUUCCAUGGGAACGUUGACUUCGAGGCGUGGCGCCGGAACUCGAAGAACGUCCUAGUCUGACGACCUCCUCGAUAAUUACGUGAUCGACUGCGUUCCGUUGACCAUCCAUCUUUCCUACCAAUUUUUUCUACGAUUACAUCCUUAAUCCCAUUGGAAAUGUCUGCCGCGUCGAGUUCGCCCGAAAUCACGAAUCGUCGUUUACAUUGAUUAAUUAACAUACCGACAUUCAGGCUGUUAUUAAAUAAGAAAUUAUGAAAAUAUGUAUUGAAACGUAUACCCUCCCUAAGCGAAAUCUUUGGGUCCGCUCCUGAGACCAUUAUCUAUCAAUCUAGCGAUACCAGUAUCAAUCUACUGAUACCACUGUUUGCGCAGUACAUAAGCGGAAGUACACCAAUGUGGGUGUCGCGUCAGGUGCAGUUAAUUCGUCAAUUUCCUGUUCGUCGCAUCGCAAAAUGUCUAAAAACGCGAAUGGAAAUAAUCUACAUCGUAAUUCUACAAGGCGACGUAGAAGUAAGUGUACGAGCUUGUAGUAAUAGGUUAGAGUCGAAUGCAACGUAGAAUUCUCUUGGCUAACACGUCCUCGCUUGGGCAGACGUUGUUCUACUAACUAAGGAGAGCCUAACCUUGAACUUCCGGUCUUUGUAUAGAAAAAAAUAUAGACAAAGUAAUGGAUGGAAGGAAGUUGGGACACUUUUCCUUUAAUUGCACGUUGCACGUAAUUCUACAUCCCUGAGCACAAAAAUACAGAAAUGUUACUAACAAAAUCGAAGAUCAAAUAUAUCUUUUGAAUUUCCCUCGAAAUCUAUUCUCGAAAAUCGAAUGUACCAAUGCUGAGUGCACACGAAGCGACGAACCGCACUGUUUAAGGGGUUAAAGAGGUGUUCUGCACCCUGAACAGGAAACGGAACAGGCAAGUGAAGUUGCGAGCGUAUUAUUGAUCGGUGGCAACGGUGCGCCAGCGCAAUGCAAUUCACGGGGCAAAACAGUAGCAAUCUACCCUCAUUCACGUUUCAUCCAGUGCUCCAGUAUUAUUCUAUCCUCCGUUUAACGUUUCUAUUUUGACACUGUCAAAGUGUCGUCGCGCGUGGCUAACAUGUCCGGUGACAGGGAUUAUAUCGGGUUCGCAACAUUGCCCGAACAAGUACACAGGAAAUCGGUUAAAAGAGGAUUCGAGUUCACCCUGAUGGUGCUUGGCGAGAUGGGUCUUGGAAAAUCUACGUUAAUAAACAGCCUGUUCCUCGGUGAUCUUUACAAAGAUCGACGAAUUCCUGAUGCAGCUGAACGCGUCGAGAAAACGACAACGAUUGAAAAGAAAACGAUGGACAUCGAAGAACGCGGCGUUAGGUUACGUUUGACUAUCGUCGAUACACCUGGAUUCGGAGACGCGGUGAACUGCGAGGAUACCUGGAAGGCAUGCUCGGCGUACAUCGACGAACAAUUCCGACAGUAUUUCACGGACGAGAGUGGUUUAAACAGGAAGAACAUUCAGGAUAACCGAGUACACUGCUGUUUGUACUUCAUACCUCCUUACGGUCACGGACUUAGACAGAUCGAUUUGGAAGUGCUGAAACGAUUACACCGUAAAGUGAACGUUGUCCCCGUGAUCGCCAAAGCGGACACGCUGACCACGUACGAAGUGAAAAAGUUGAAAGAAAGAAUUCUCGCUGACAUCGAGGAGCACGAGAUUCAGAUAUAUCAGUUUCCGGACUGCGACAGCGACGAAGACGAAGAAUUCAAGCAACAAGAUAAAGAGCUGAAGGCGUGCAUUCCUUUUGCCGUGGUCGGCAGUUCGACGGUGCUCGAAGUGGCGGGAAAAAAGGUCCGCGGUCGUCAAUACCCAUGGGGAGUGGUAGAAGUGGAGAACCCGAAGCACAGCGACUUCGUGAAAUUAAGGACGAUGCUGAUAUCGACGCACAUGCAGGAUCUAAAAGACGUGACCCAAGACGUGCAUUACGAGAAUUUCCGGGCACAAUGCAUUUCACAAAUUUCACAGCAAGCGAUUCGGGAACGGAGGUAUUUACGCAUUAAACUGAAGAGAGAUUCGGGGCCACAUUUUGAAAACAGCAUAUCCGACACGGACAGACUUUUGUUGCAAAAGGACGAAGAGAUACGAAGAAUGCAAGAUAUCCUCGCACAAAUGCAAGAGAAAUUAAAAGCCACGGGACAGGUCGGACCUGGAAGUGGUCUCAGAGGAAGGGUCGGAAGUCUCGGAAACGAUUUAGACGCCACCGACGUCGAGAAGAAACGCAACAGUAUUAUAGAUGUUUGA